AUGGGGAAGUUCUCGCUUCCAGAAGAUACUCCGCAACAUAUAACUAUAAAUAGAGAACGCUUUGCUCUGCCGGAGAUUCUCUUCCACCCAUCGGAUAUAGGACUUAAUCAAAUGGGAGUGGUAGAAGCUGUCGUUGAAUCAUUGUCCCGAUGUCCUGUGAAUCUACGACCAGCAUUGGUGCAGAAUAUAUCUCUCGUAGGAGGAUGUACUCUCUUCCCCGGAUUCCGUGAUCGAUUCCAAUCUGAGCUUCGAUCAUACAUGGACGUUGACUGGUGCGUGGCUCUUGCUGACGUCACCAACCCGAUCACCCACGCGUGGUCGUGUGCUUCCGCAGCAUUUUCCGGUGACAUGGCUGAAGAAGAUCAGCUUUUUGUUACGCGAGAAGAAUGGAAUGAACAUGGCGAAGAAAUAUUACAUAAGAAGUUUCUGAAUUUUCUGGACUUUGAUUCCGAGGAGGCAGACGAAGCAUCUGAUGAAGCUGGUAUUGUUUUAGAUGCUGACAUUGUUGAAAAUUACACGAAUUUUGAAAGUCAUGUUGUAAAAUUUUUUGAUCUCAACCCUUUGCCUGACUUCUCUUUGUACAUGUGGUGGGUAAGAACUGAUCUUCUGCUCAUCAUGUCAGCUGGGCCUAUCAUUGAACGUAACCAAGAUGCUACUAUUUAUGUCGGAGGCCUGGACGAGAAAGUUACGGAGAAUGUACUGUGGGAGCUGAUGGUUCAGGCUGGUCCUGUUACGAGUGUAAAUAUGCCAAAGGAUCGUGUGACAGCGAAUCAUCAAGGGUUUGUACUAGUUUCUUCUCUGGUCACCGUUUGA